AAGCGCUGGAAUGAGUCCGGUCUGCUGUGCUGGCCCACAGAACUCUACCGCCCCAUCUGCUCACGAUCGCAACGUUCGCCCGUUUGGCCAGCUCUUGUGGCCAGGGCAACAGUGGUUUUGGGCCGACCGCUCGGCCUAUUGUGCACCAGCAAAGACUGUGAUGGCAUUUUAAUAGGAUUUCAAGGCACGAUCAUGACGAGGCGUUGUCGCGUCAGCCCCACCAGUCCAAUCCUAACAACCUCUUCUUCUGGUUUCGCCGAAGCGACAAGGUUAAGUUGGACGGCCCGGCCUCGGCCUCGGUCUCGUCUGCGCUGGACUCGGACGGCCGUCAGUGUUGACGUGACACGUCAACCAGACACACGCCUCGCUUACAAGGCCCGGCGUCUGCCUCGGGGUUGUCUAGACUCGUCUGCUCAGCCGACGACCGGUUGCCACAGCCCCACUGGGCCGAUAUCCCAUCCGGUCGCCACACCCGGUCGACUCGUCUGCCUCGGCAGUGAUGACAGCGUCGAAAUGGGAAGCCUCGUGAGGGGAGAGACAGUGAAAGAGGCUGCAAGUGGACGCAACAGGGGCGACGGAUGA